CGCCCCCCGCCCGCCGCCAUGGGCGCCGCGGCCCUGCGCGCCCUGCCCUGGGCGCUGCUGCUGCUGGGGCCGCUGCUGCCCGGGCAGGUCCUGCAGGCCAACCCCAUGCUCACCUCCGAGGGCCAGCCCGCGCCGCUGCCCGGCGGGGACGUGCCGGGCUUCACCCCCGCGCCCCCCGCCGCCCCCGAGGAGAUCCACCCGCUGAAGGAGCAGCCGGCCAACGGCUCGGGAGAGGGGCACGCCAAGCACCGCAAAGCCUUCCCGGUCAUCGGCAUCGACUACACGCACGUCCGCAUCCCCUUCGAGAUCUCCCUCUGGAUCCUCCUGGCCUGCCUCAUGAAGCUGGGCUUCCACGUGAUCCCGUCAGUGUCCAGCAUCGUUCCCGAGAGCUGCCUGCUCAUCGUGGUCGGCCUUCUGGUGGGGGGGCUCAUCAAAGGGGUGGGUGAAAAGCCCCCCAUCCUCAAGUCGGACAUCUUCUUCCUCUUCCUCCUGCCCCCCAUCAUCCUGGAUGCCGGCUACUUCCUGCCCCUGCGCCCCUUCACCGAGAACCUGGGCACCAUCCUCAUCUUCGCCGUGGUGGGCACGCUCUGGAACGCCUUUUUCCUGGGGGGGCUGAUGUACGCCGUGUGCCAGCUGGGCGGGCCCGGCCUCAACCACAUCGGCCUGCUGGCCAACCUGCUCUUCGGCAGCAUCAUCUCGGCCGUGGACCCGGUGGCCGUGCUGGCCGUCUUCGAGGAGAUCCACAUCAACGAGCUGCUGCACAUCCUGGUCUUCGGGGAGUCGCUGCUCAACGACGCCGUCACCGUGGUCCUGUACCACCUCUUUGAGGAGUUUGCCAGCUUCGAGCAGGUGACCAUCCUGGACAUCAUCCUCGGCUUCCUCAGCUUCUUCGUGGUGUCCCUGGGCGGGGUCCUGGUGGGCGUCAUUUACGGGGUGAUCGCCGCCUUCACGUCCCGCUUCACCUCGCACAUCCGCGUCAUCGAGCCCCUCUUCGUGUUCCUCUACAGCUACAUGGCCUACCUGUCUGCUGAGCUCUUCCACCUGUCCGGCAUCAUGGCGCUCAUCGCUGCUGGUGUGGUCAUGCGGCCCUAUGUGGAAGCCAACAUCUCCCACAAGUCCCACACCACCAUCAAGUAUUUCCUCAAGAUGUGGAGCAGUGUGAGCGAGACCCUCAUCUUCAUCUUCUUGGGUGUCUCCACCGUGGCUGGUCACCACUACUGGAACUGGACCUUCGUCAUCAGCACGCUGUUCUUCUGCCUCAUCGCCAGAGUGCUGGGUGUCCUUGUCCUCACCUGGUUCAUCAACAAGUUCCGGAUCGUGAAGCUGACGCCGAAGGACCAGUUCAUCAUCGCCUACGGGGGCCUGCGGGGAGCCAUCGCCUUCUCCCUGGGCUACCUGCUGGACUACAAGCACUUCGGCAUGAGGGACAUGUUCCUCACUGCCAUCAUCACUGUCAUCUUCUUCACCGUCUUCGUGCAGGGCAUGACCAUCCGGCCCCUGGUGGAUCUGCUGGCUGUGAAGAAGAAGCAGGAGACGAAGCGCUCCAUCAACGAGGAGAUCCACACGCAGUUCUUGGAUCACCUUCUGACAGGGAUCGAGGAUAUCUGUGGUCACUACGGGCAUCACCACUGGAAGGACAAGCUGAACCGCUUCAACAAGAAGUAUGUGAAGAAGUGCCUGAUCGCAGGGGAGCGCUCCAAGGAGCCCCAGCUCAUCGCCUUCUACCACAAGAUGGAGAUGAAGCAGGCCAUCGAGCUGGUGGAGAGCGGCGGCAUCGGCAAGAUCCCCUCUGCCGUCUCCACCGUCUCCAUCCAGAACAUCAACCCCCAGACCCUCCCUUUGGAGCGCGUCCUUCCAGCCCUGUCCAAGGACAAGGAGGAGGAGAUCCGGAAAAUCCUCCGCACGAACCUGCAGAAAACCAGGCAGAGGCUGCGAUCCUACAACCGGCACACGCUGGUGGCUGACCCCUACGAGGAGGCCUGGAACCAGAUGCUCCUGAGGAGGCAGAAGGCCCGGCAGCUGGAACAGAAGAUGAACAACUACCUGACGGUGCCGGCGCACAGGGUGGACUCGCCCACCAUGUCCCGGGCUCGCAUCGGCUCAGACCCGCUGGCCUACGAGCCCAAGGAGGACUCGGAGAACCUGCCCAUCAUCACCAUCGACCCGGCCUCGCCGCAGUCCCCCGAGUCCGUGGACCUGAUGAGCGAGGAGCCCAAGGGCUGCAGUGGCCUCCCGCCCUCGCCCGAGGAGGACGAGGAGGGGCUGGUGAUGCGGGUGAAGGAGCCUUCCUCCCCGGGGACUGACGACGUCUUCACCCCGGGCACCGGCGACAGCCCCAGCAACCAGCGGAUGCUGCGGUGCCUGAGCGACCCCGGCCCGCGGCCCGAGCCCGAGGAGGGGGAGCCCUUCAUCCCCAAGGGGGAGUAGCUGCUGGCACGAAGCCUCCAAACCGUU